AUGUGCGACAAAGGCGCCUCCUUUAUUGUCUCGUUAAGAUGACGCAGAAGUUUUGUCCCCUGCACCCUUCAUCCCUUCGGAUGAUCCCUUCUGAGUGAAACGCAGUCGUGUUCUCCUCUCAUCUUCCGUCUCCCGAACAGACUUUCGCUUUCAGUUUCUGUCACGAGCAUGUAAUGGCGUCUAGUUCAGGAAACAGAAGUCAGCAAAGACAACACAAAGAUCUCCCCGACAAGGAAGGCAAUAAACUUUUGUGCAUUCUGAAAGAAAGAGUAUAAUACUGAGGUGGAAAAAUAAAUGUUGUUCAAAGAGGAUGUGGAAGUAUAUCUCUUGAGCGACCUAAUAUGAGUGAUUUGAGGAUUGUUCUGCUGGGGAAGAAUAUAACAGAAAACAACAGAGUGGGAAACUUCAUCUUAGGAAGAGCACCGUUUGAGAGUGAAGCACCUGCUGAUGUAGAGCUGAACAUUGAGAAACACAGAGGAAAACUGAAGGACAGAGACGUCACAGUCAUCAACACUCCUCACCUGCUGAGGCCAAAUCUGUCAAUCUCUCAGAUCACACAGGGAGUGAAAGAGUGUGUGAAUCUGUCUGCUCCUGGACCUCAUGUGAUCAUACUUGUACUGCAGCAGAACGACUUCAGUGACAAUAACAGACAUAGAGUGAAAUAUGUGCUGAAUGAAUUCAGUAAGGAGGCUCCUAUACACACUUUAGUGUUGACUGAUGAGAGAGAGAUAAACAGUAACUGUAUUCAUCAAUUAAUAAAGGAGUGUGGAGGUGAACAUCUUCAGUUUGAUGAAAGAAAAUCAGGAUUGCACUCUGAGAUACUUGAAAGAGUGGAGAAGAUACUCAAAGAAAACCAGGUCCAAUUUCUUAUCUCUGACUUGUAUGAGGAAGCAAGAGAAGAAACACCAGAAGAUGGAGAGAAGAGGAGAUCUGGAGGUUCAGUCACAGCAGAAGAAGAGGGAGAUUUUGAUCAUGAAGAUGAUGGAAAAAUCAAACAGAGAAACAAAGAGAAAAAGGAAGUCGCUAUCCAAAGGAAAACCUUGUGUAAGUUUUGUUGGCAAGAAAGAUAGUUUAACCCACACAUACACCACUCCUUUUAAGAGAAAGACUAAUUUGAGAAAAUAAAAAAAAUGGGACCCAGUGUUUCAUUCGGGGCUCCGGAGGACGACCAAAUGUCGAUCGCCGCAUCACAGGGCGGCCUUGAGUCCUCGGGAGAUGAGGA